GUGCACGCUUCCAAGCAUGGCAAAUGGCAAAACCCACAGAAAAUAGCUACUAUUAUUAUUAUUAUUCUCGCACAGUAAUCACAUCUGCUCUUCUCUUUCUUUCUUUCUUUCUUUCUCUCUCUUCUUUUCCUUUUACUUUAUUUCUUUUGCUCUUUCCCAAGAUCCGUUUCCUCAUCUCAUUCCUUUCACUUUCAUACACCUCUUUCCCUUCUUCUCUUUCCCUCGCUUUCUUUCACGAUCGCCAAUUCUCAAAAAGCACACGUCCUCCUCCUCCUCCUCCUCUUCUCCUCGCAACCCCUUCUUUAUCCACUCUUUUCUGCGAUCGCUUUUUUGACGGGCCACGCUUGAUCAUCACCUUCACUCUCAUUACGAAAACAGGGGCUUGCCCUCGUUAUCAAUAGCAACAGCAACACUAAUCUGGACCCGUCUUUACCUCUUUUUCAUAUACACUCUCUUUCUCUCCUACUCCUUUAACUUCCUUUAGCAAUAUAUAAAGCAUGCAACCACCGUCUCAAAUCGACCUACCUAUCGCUACCGACUCCGUAACGAAUAAACCCUCUUCACAAAAAGCAUCGUUGUAUCACACAUGCCGCGCUGUCCUGAACGGCCUGGCCGCUGUUCCCGGCUUUGACUACUAUCUUAAGAUGGAACCUACCUCGACGACAACAGAGCAGCAAUAUUCACCCACUAUUGCGACGGCAACAACGUCAACCGUCGGCGAUCCAGCAGCCUCACCAACAACACCAGCACCAGUAGCUUCGAAUAAGAACGAUCCUUUAAGCAAACUAUGGUUUAUAUGCAGACAAGGAGCAAGCUUGUGCCUCCUCUUCAACACCCUAAAGCCCGAGGUGGCUAUCCAACUUCAACAAACCAAUGGCGAUCUCAUGAAGCCAAAAGCAUGUGUUUAUCACUUUAUUAUCGCUUGUCGGGACCAUCUUGGCUUGGACCAAGAGGGUCCCUUCACGGUGACCGACUUAUAUCAAGACGAUACCAAUGGCUUCGUCAAGGUCGUUAAUACAGUAAGAAAAAUCCUCGAGUUGCUCGAAGUCAACGGCAUUAUCUGUAUCCAAUACCAUCGUCGUCAUUCUAGUACGAGUACCCCAAAGGACACCCGUAGCAAGGUUGUGACCGAACUCUUGGAGACAGAACGUAAAUACGUGCAGGACCUUGAAUCACUUCAGUACUAUAUGCGAGAAGCGCAGGCACAAAAAGUGCUCCCACCAGACACGCUGCAUCAGCUCUUUGGCAACCUGAACGCCCUAGUCGAUUUCCAACGACGGUUUUUGAUCCAUGCUGAAGACAAUGCAGACCGACCACCACGCGAGCAACGAUUCGGCAGCCUGUUCGUCCAGCUGGAAGACGCCUUUUCGGUGUACGAACCAUUUUGCGCCAACUUCCAAACGGCACAGGCGCUGGUAGUUCAAGAGACUGUCAAGCUGCAGAAAUUAGCCGAUAUCAUGUCGCCUACUUACGAAUUACCAUCCAUGUUGAUAAAGCCCGUGCAGCGUGUAUGCAAGUACCCUUUGCUUUUACAGGAGCUCGUCAAAUCGACGCCGGAGGAUUGGACCUAUUAUGCCGAAAUGAAAAUGGGGCUGGAGGCCAUUCAACGCGUGACGAGCAAAGUCAAUGAAACGAAGCGACGGCAAGAGAACAUGGUGUUUGUCGAUGAUCUUAAACGACGCAUCCUCGACGAGUCCUGGAAAGGGGCAAUCCCCUCCUACGGAUUUUUGCUGUUGCACGAACGGUUCGUCAUCUAUCGUAACGAUGCCGAUUACGACGUGCUCAUGUACCUGUUUGAAAAGUCCUUGUUUAUCUGUACAGAGGAGAAGGACGUGCCCAAGAAAUCAAACACCAUUUCCGUCAAGAAGAAAAAGCCGACAAAAGAAGGCGGAUUGCAUGUCAAGGGCCGUAUCUUCAUAUCACAGAUUGCUCAGAUCACCGAUGUCAGCCAGUCAGGUUUAUGGUCACUGCGGAUCUUCUGGUCAGAACGAGAUCCAAAACCCUACAGCAUCCAGUCGUUCAACCUAAAGUCGUUUAUCUUGAAAUGUCGUAACGGCGAGCAGCUGAGGCAAUGGGAGGCUGCGUUAAACAAGCUUAUCCAAAACGAGAAACGCCUAUCCCGUGAAAGCCGCGCGGCUGCUGAAGCGUUGGUUUGGAAACAUCAGCAGACACCAUCGAUGCCAGUGACUCCUACGCAACCGCAACCGCAACAACAUCCCGUUCACCCGGUGUUGUCUGAUUCCUUCCCUGAGCAAUCUCCUGGCGAUGAUGACGAGGACGACGAAGAUGAAUACGACGAACUGUUGCAUUCGAGCGACGAAGAAGAUUCUGGCUUUUAUGGGAGGUUGCGCAGUAGCUCGCAAAGUGCUGAUUCUUAUCACUCGCACAGCAAGUCUCAAAGUUCCGUAUCACUUCCAUCCAGCUGCGUCAACGGCAUCAACACGAACAGCAACAACAGUCGCCAGCCUGUCAUGCCAGGGAUGACGCUGCCACCACUUCCACGUGAUUCGGGUGUUGAUACGAGCCCCGGAUACUCAUGCUCGCCUCCCAUUUCAUACCCAUCCUCACCACUCACAAACUCAUAUCCAUCAUCGCCAUCUGCAUCCACACGAGCAUCCACCACCAGCAGUUCCGGAUCAAGUCAAAUAUGGCAACAGCAACGUCGUCAAGGUGAUACUGCUGGUCUGUUGCCAGGAGAAAUGAACGGACGGACCAUCCUGAACGAAGGGGUCGUAGUAGGAGUUGAUGAUUAUCCGUUUUCGACGGAUAGUAAAGAAACACAGAGCAACAACAAUAACAGCAGCCGCAUGCGGUCGCAAAGCAGUCCAAACAUUCAUCAACAAACGCCACUGUUUGAAGACGCAAAAGAUGUACCCCUGCCGAUCAAUUCACGGACGUUAUAUUACCACCAGCAACAACGGAAACGGCUCAGUACGGGACAUCAAUAUGAAGACCAUCCUCCAUUGCCGGUUUCUCAGCAGCAACAACUGCUGGGUGCGAACGUCAAGGUCAAAUUGAAUUACAUGGAUGGGAUCUAUGUGGUAGUAGCACCAUUAGACAUUACCUACAACGAGCUGUUGGAGCGUAUCGACCGCAAGAUUCGUGUGUACUACCAUGACGUAAAUAGUACAUUGAUCGGCCUCAAGUACCAAGACGAAGAUGGCGAUCUCAUCACCAUCAGUUCGACGGAAGAUGUCCAAAUGGGGUUCGAAAGUCGUGGUGCAAGCAAUACAGUUAAUUUCUUUGUUAUCACCUCAUCUACUGCUACUACUAUUACUGCUACUACUACUACUACACCUUCUACUAUUGCUACAUCUACUGUUGCCUCUACUACCACAACAGGUUGUACCAGAUAAUGUUCUUAUUUCUCCAUGUGUCUGUUCUGUCUUUCAUUAUCAUCAUCUUUCAUCAUCAUCUUCUUCAUCUUCAUCUACACCACUCUAUACCACCGCAUUCUUUGCUUUUUCUUCACUAUCACCAAUACCGCAUCGAUUCUUCUCCGUUCGUAUUACCAUCAACCUCCCAUCCGUUCUUUUUCGUAUUUUCGCAUGUAACAUUCCAUACCUUUUCAUAUGUCACUCGACCCCGGCACUUUCCUUUAAAUUAUUAAAAAAUUACAAUACUUUUCGUUUAAAAUUCAUGCAAGAAAAGUUCGAAAGGAUUUACUCUUAUUCAAAAAUGAAUACAUUUAGUUCUGGCAACCGU